AUUCCUCAUUUUUGGAAUCCAUAUUUAUUUAUUUCUUGGACUCUUCACUCAGUAUUUUGUUCUCUAAGAGCUCUUGGUGUGCCUUCAUUGCAGGGCCUCAGAGUAGCCAUGUAUCUGGCUACUUCCCUGAAGUCAGGACAGGUCAGCCGGGAGUAAGGGGAAGGCUGGAGCUCCUCCCGUUGCAGGACAGAAGUUUGCAAGGAUGAGUGAACUUCCUCCUCAGCUCAGAGAGAGCAAAGGUGACUCAUAAAAGCAAGCAUUCAGGUCUCUAGUAUGUGUAGAUGCCCAAAGUCACCCGAGGAGGGAACCAGCCAGGGAGUGGAUCAAGAGCUGGGAGACCAUGUAAAUGAGGCUGACCCCAGUGACCUGGAAGAAGAACCAAAACACCUGCCGGGAACUGUGUUGAGAGAGGAGAAGGAGCUGAAGCUGGCGAGGAGUAGGAGAGGGUCUACCAGGACAUCCUGUGAAGCUCCUGCAUUGUGAUCUGAGGAUGGCUGAGCCACAGGGCCAAGAGCUCACAGCUGAGUGCCCUGUCUGCUGGAACCCCUUCAACAACACGUUCCACACUCCCAAAGUGCUAGACUGCUGUCACUCCUGCUGCGUGGAAUGCCUGGUUCACCUCAGCCUGGUAGCUCCAGCCAGGCGCCGCUUGCUCUGCCCACUCUGCCGUCAACCCACCGUGCUGGCUUCAGGACAACCAGUCACUGACUUGCCUACAGACACUGCCAUGUUGACCCUGCUCCGCCUAGAACCCCACCACAUCAUCCUCGAGGGCCACCAGCUCUGUCUCGAGGACCAGCCCAAGCGCCCUUACUUACUGCAUGAGCCUCGGGUCUGUACCCUGGACCUUGGCCCGGAGCCUGGGAGCCAGACUGGAACCCCUCAGAACACAGUGCCUGACACCAGACCUGUGCCCAUCCCCAGCCACUACUCUCUCAGAGAGUGUACCCGCAACCCUCCCUUCCGGACCUUUGUCUACCUGAUGGCUGUCGUCCUCAGUGGUAUCCUUCUGCUCAUCUUCUCCAUCUUUUGGACUAAGCAGUUCUUUUGGGGCAUGGGGUGAGCACUCUGUUCCAGCACAAGGAACAGAGCCUUUCUUUGUGGUUGCUGGAAUGGGGACAACCGAGGCUCCUUUGAUGUUGUCUUCUUUGUAGUAUUGCUCAUUUGAGCCCAGGAAUUCUUUAGGCCAUGUGUCUGUUUUGGAGAACAGAGAUGGCUAGACAGACCUGAAGGUGAACUGUGGGGUCAUGGAGUGUAGAAGGGUUCUGUGGCUCCAUGGCCACACAGCAAGUUGUGCCAAAGGGCUGGACAGUGCCAAAGGGCUGGACAGCACGGUCCAGACAUCUUUCACUGGAGCUGUGCUGAGCUGUUCAUGCGUUGCUGACAAUUCUGGAGUGUUUCAAUUUGUGGGCCAAUGUGUUUGUCUCCUCUUUCAGCUUUCUCUGA